AUGUGGUCACUACGGGUCUAUACCCGCAAAAAGCGGGCUGGCCAUAGGCUCAACCUAACCCCAACGCCAGAUCUAGGUGCCCCGGCUAAGGCGGAGGACCCGUCAGGGCCCGGCCUGAAAAGAAGUGGCAAAACGCGCGGUUUGCAGAGAAUCACGGAGAAAUCAGAGCGGAGUCGGCUGGGAGGUAGCAGCUCUGGGCCACGGAGCACUCUAUUAAGAGGUACAGGAGAGAAAAGCCUGCAUGAAAAUAGCACUAGUGAAGAAGCCCAGGAUGAGAAGAUUGCUCCAUUGAGUGAGUCAGUGACAGAUGACCUCCAGGUUGAUAGUAGUUUAUCAAAUAGUGAACGAGUAUCAGGACUAAGUUUACAGCAUGAUAUUUCUAGCUCUCUUCUAAGUUACUCAAUCACAGACUCUUAUACAGAAUACAAGAGUUUUGAAGAGAGUUUAAGUAGCUUCCCAUCGCCUGAACUCUUCAGAGGAUCAGAUUAUUUAGAUUGGGAGUGUCCCAUGUUGGAAGAAAACAUGCUAUGUAAGAAUUCCACUCUUUUGGACACCAGUAAAGCAGUACCGAUAGAGAAGGCAGUACAGUUUUCAAACCUCUCUGCAAUUUUAGGUACCUCUUCAGAAGACUAUCAGAAAUGCCAUAGAAAAGUCAUGAUGAUGUUAGCAGACCAAAGUAUUUCUCCAAAGCCGAAGAGUACUUCAAAUUCAGAAUCAGAUAAUGCAUCUUGUGGAGUUUUACUUGCUGAGAAAAAUUACCCUUCAACCCCUCAAAAAACAAAGAAAAAAAACACAACUUCCAGUACUUCUGAUAAGAAAAGCAGAGGCCUGUUAACAAGUACUCCGUCUUCACAAACAGCUGGUUUAAUGAUUGAUUUGUCCUCAGUGCAAAAAACAUCUUUUGAAGAACUGUUUCCAAAUGUCAGCAAUUAUGUUAAUUCAAAUGAAAUUGUUCCUGUGUCAACUUUGCAAGAAAAUUCUUCAAAUGAGUUUCCUUCAAAUACAUCAGAAAUAUGUUGUAUUAUUAAAGCAUCACCAGGAACUAGACAAGUGGAAAGUAAAGCUGUUAUUGUAAGGAAGAAGAAAUAUUCUCCUCCUAAAGAUACUCCUCAAGAUAUUAUAAUAAAAACAAGUGGCAGGAUGUAGCAGCUGUGGCUGAAUUUUCACUACUUUGAAGACUUGAAUGUGAAGUCAAAGUCUGUGAAGCAGAAUGUCUGCCUAAAAUUACAUGAAAUUCAAAAAUC